CAGUCUAAAUUUACACUACAGCAGGGCCAACUGCUCCUGUUAUUUUUCUCUGCCGGGGGUUUUUCCUGUCAGAGGCCCUCAGCCAGGAGGAGAGGCCUGUGGCUCUGCGUGAGGGAGAGUCAGAAGGAGAAGGGAAAGAAGGCGACGGCGGAGCGCACACAGGAUUGGCAGGCCUGGAUAUCAGGGGCCUUCACAACCGGGAGAUAUAAAGUGCCUCCGUUUGGAUUUACUCAGUAAGAAGACACAUUUCUACAGGACUGGGAGCUUUUCGCCGGUCUAGGCGUCGAGAUGGCGGCCAAUACAAAUUACAAGCUGGUCAUCAUGAAUGAAGAGGAGCUGAAGAGGAAACAGAGAGAGAAGCUGAAGAAGCUACAGGCCACAGGGGGAAACCCUCGACCUGCGAGAACCCUCUUCCUCUUCAACCUCAAAAACCCCUUCCGCAAGGCCUGCACCAGCGUUGUGGAGUGGAAAACCUUUGAGAUCAUCAUCUUAUUGACCAUCUUUUCAAACUGCAUUGCGUUGGCCGUGUUCAUGCCCAUGCCUGAAGAAGACACCAACAACACCAACAUAAACUUGGAGAGUUUGGAGUACAUCUUCCUGAUCGUGUUCACGUCAGAGUGCUUUCUGAAGAUAGUGGCGUAUGGGCUCGUGUUCCAUGAAGGCGCCUAUUUACGUAACUGUUGGAACAUAUUGGACUUUGUCAUCGUCGUCAUGGGUCUCUUCACCUUUGCCUUGGAUACCAUCAAUAUGAUAGCAGGCGUGCCGAUGGAGAAAGGCGGGGGGUUUGACAUGAAGGCACUGAGAGCCUUCAGAGUGCUGCGGCCCUUACGUCUCGUCUCUGGAGUCCCCAGCUUGCAAGUGGUGAUGAGCUCCAUCCUGAAAUCCAUGCUGCCUCUGCUGCACAUUGCCCUCCUGGUCUUUCUCCUGGUCACCAUCUAUGCCAUCAUGGGACUGGAGCUAUUCAAAUGCAAAAUGCAUAAAACAUGCUAUUACACUGGCACAAACAUCUAUUCCAUAGCAGAAGGCGAGCCACCGUCACCCUGUGCUCAGGCUGGUAACGGACGCCGCUGCAUGAUCAACGGCUCUGAGUGUCGGCCAGGCUGGGAGGGUCCCAACAAUGGCAUCACCCACUUUGAUAACAUCGGCUUUGCCAUGCUUACAGUCUUCCAAUGUAUCACCAUGGAGGGAUGGACCAAAGUUCUCUACUGGAUUAAUGAUGCCAUCGGAAAUGAAUGGCCCUGGGUCUACUUUGUUCCUCUCAUUCUGCUUGGGUCCUUUGUUGUGCUUAAUUUGGUUCUGGGCGUGCUCAGUGGAGAAUUUACCAAAGAGCGAGAGAAGGCCCGGUCACGUGGAGAGUUCCAGAAGUUACGAGAGACUCAGCAACUGGAUGAAGACGUGCACGGCUACAUGGAGUGGAUCACUUACGCUGAAGUCCUGGAUGCUGACCGAGAGGGCAAAGGACUCCUGUCUUUGACCCGCGACUCUGACACAGACAGCCUGUAUGACCUGGAUGGCAAGAGUCGAAUUGUCUACUACUAUCGCCUGGCCCGUCGCUGGAACCGUUUCUUCCGGAUGAAGUGUCUGGUGUAUGUGAAAACCACGGGCUUCUACUGGCUAGUGAUUUUUCUCGUCCUCCUCAACACCCUGAUCAUAGCAACAAAGUACCACCACCAGCCUCACUGGCUCACGGCCGUACAAGAUGUGGCCAGUCGUAUGCUGCUGGUGCUGUUUGUCGUCGAGAUGUUUGUGAAGAUGUAUGCUCUGGGUCCACGAGGAUAUUUCAUGUCCCUAUUCAACCGCUUUGACUUCUUUGUGGUGCUCUGCGGUAUCCUGGAGAUGAUUAUGUUCUCUGCAGGAGCCGUGGCUCCCUUGGGUUUCUCUGUACUCCGGUGUAUCCGACUGCUGAGGAUCCUUAAAGUCACAAAGUACUGGACCUCUUUGAGUAAUCUUGUGGCUUCUCUCCUCAACUCUGUACGCUCCAUUGCCUGCCUGCUCCUUCUCCUCUUCCUCUUCAUCGUCAUUUUCUCACUCCUGGGAAUGCAGGUGUUUGGAGGGAAAUUCAACUUUACCAACCAAAGACCCAGACGCAGUAACUUUGACAACUUCCCUCAGGCCCUCAUCAGUGUUUUUCAGAUCCUAACAGGAGAGGACUGGACCAGCAUAAUGAAUAAUGGCAUUAUGGCCUAUGGAGGACCUGCCUUUCCUGGCAUCAUGGUCGCUAUCUACUUCAUCAUCCUCUUUGUCAUUGGAAACUAUAUCCUCCUCAAUGUCUUCUUGGCUAUUGCCGUCGACAACUUGACCGAAGCUGAGAGUUUGACUUCAGCUCAGAAAGAAAAGGCGGAGGAGAAUUUGAAAAGAAAGUUAAGAAGGUCCAAAAUGCCUGAGAAGACUGACGAGGAAAGGGAAAGGAUGGCUAAGAAACUGGCAGAGCAGAGAGCCAAGAUGGAGGUCAUGCCCACAACAGCCACGCUCAAAAUUGACGUGUUUGAGGCCAAUGUCAAUGAGGUGAAAGAUCCUUUCCCACCCGACGACUUUCCAGGUGAUGACGAGGAGGUAGAGCCUGACAUCCCCAUGAGUCCUCGGCCUCGACCAAUGGCCGACCUGCAGCUGAAGGAAGAAGCCGUUCCGUUGCCUGAAGCCAGCUCCUUUUUCAUUUUUGGCCCACAGAACAAGAUCCGUAAACUGUGCCACAAGAUCAUCAACGCCUCCGUCUUCACCAAUUUAAUCCUUUUGUUCAUCCUGCUCUCCUCCAUCUCCCUGGCAGCUGAGGACCCCAUCGAUCCCAAGUCCUACAGAAAUAAGAUAUUGGCCUCUGCUGACAUCAUCUUCACAACUGUGUUCACCAUUGAGAUUGUCCUAAAGAUGACAGUUUAUGGAGCAUUCAUGCACGAGGGCUCCUUCUGCCGCAACUCCUUCAACAUCCUGGAUCUGAUUGUGGUUUCAGUCUCUCUGCUUUCUAUGGGGAUGGAAUCCAGUGCCAUCUCUGUGGUGAAGAUUCUCAGGGUGCUGAGGGUGCUGAGGCCUCUCAGGGCCAUCAAUAGAGCCAAAGGGUUAAAGCAUGUGGUCCAAUGUUUGUUUGUGGCCAUCAAAACCAUCGGCAACAUCGUCCUGGUCACCAUGCUGCUUAAUUUCAUGUUUGCCUGUAUCGGAGUGCAGCUCUUCAAGGGUAAAUUCUACAGCUGCACAGACUCGUCAAAAAUGACAGGGGAGGAAUGCCAAGGACUCUUCGUGAAGCAUAUGGAGGAUUCCCUACAAGAUACAGUGUUGGCAAAGAGAGAAUGGAUCAACAGUGACUUCAACUUUGACAGUGUGCUCAGUGGCAUGCUGGCUCUCUUCACUGUUUCCACAUUCGAAGGCUGGCCAAAACUGUUAUACAGAGCCAUUGAUUCAGACGAAGAAGACAAGGGUCCUGUCUUCAACAAUCGCGUAGAUGUGUCCAUCUUCUUCAUCAUCUACAUCAUCCUCAUUGCCUUCUUCAUGAUGAACAUCUUUGUGGGCUUCGUCAUCGUCACUUACCAGAAGGAGGGUGCACAGGAGUACAAAGACUGCGAGCUGGACAAAAACCAGCGCCAAUGUGUGCAGUACGCCCUGAAGGCUCGACCCCUGAGGUGCUACAUCCCCAAAAACCCAUACCAGUACAAAGUCUGGUACAUUGUCACUUCCUGCUACUUUGAAUACCUCAUGUUCUUCCUAAUUAUGCUCAACACCUUGUGUCUGGGGAUGCAGCACUGUAACCAGUCCGACCAUGUGACCAAGCUGUCAGACACUCUGAACGUGAUCUUCACCGUGCUUUUCACUGUGGAGAUGAUUCUCAAGCUCAUGGCCUUCAAAGCGAGGGGCUACUUCGGAGACCCCUGGAACGUCUUUGACUUCGUCAUCGUCAUCGGUAGUGUCGUUGAUGUCAUCCUUAGCGAAGUCGAUAGCGCCCUGGCUGCCAGUGGAGGACUGUACUGUCUCCAUGGCUGUGCUGAUACAAAUCCUCUGCAAGCAAUUGCGGCGUCUGAAAAUGCCUCGGUCUCCAUCACGUUCUUCCGACUCUUCCGUGUGAUGCGUCUGGUCAAGCUGUUGAACCGUUCGGAGGGCAUCCGUAACCUGCUGUGGACCUUCAUUAAAUCCUUCCAGGCUCUUCCUCAUGUAGCGUUGCUCAUCAUCAUGCUCUUCUUUAUCUACGCUGUCGUUGGGAUGCAGAUCUUUGGAAAGGUAGCCUUAGUGGACGGCACGCAGGUCAACCGCAACAACAACUUCCAGACAUUCCCUCAGGCGGUUCUAAUGUUAUUCCGGUGUGCUACUGGAGAGGCUUGGCAGGAGGUCAUGAUGGCCUCAAUGUAUGGGAAGAAGUGCGACGCCAUGUCUGACUUCCUGCCAGGUGAGGAGUUCACCUGCGGGUCCAACUUCGCAGUCUUCUACUUCCUCACCUUCUACUGUCUCUGCGCCUUCCUGAUCCUCAACCUGUUUGUAGCCGUCAUCAUGGACAACUUCGACUACCUCACCCGUGAUUGGUCUCUUCUUGGUCCACACCAUCUGGAUGAGUUUAAGAAGACCUGGGCUGAAUAUGACCCUGAAGCCACGGGGAGAAUCCAGCAUCUGGAUGUGUUGACGUUGCUGCGAAGCCUGCAGCCUCCACUCGGCUUUGGCAAGUUCUGUCCUCACCGUGAUGCGUGCAAGCGCCUGAUCGGCAUGAACAUGCCUCUCAACAGUGACGGCACCGUCACCUUCAACGCCACCCUGUUUGCUCUCGUCAGGACGGCACUCAAGAUCAAAACAGAAGGUAACUUUGAGCAAGCCAACGAGGAGCUGAGAGCCAUUAUUAAAUCCAUCUGGAAACGCACCAGCAUGAAACUGUUGGACCAGGUCAUCCCACCUAUUGGAGAUGACGAGGUGACUGUGGGGAAAUUCUACUCCACCUUCCUGAUUCAGGAACAUUUCCGCAAGUUUUUGAAGCGCCAGGAGGAGUACUAUGGCUACCGGCCCUCGAAGAAGAAUGCCUCAGGCCCAGAGAUCCAGGCGGGCCUGAGGAGUUCAGACGACGAGGUUGCUCCGGAGAUGCACCGGGCCAUUUCUGGAGACCUGCUGAAUGAGGAGGAGAUUGACAAAGCUAUGGAGGAGGCUGGAGAAGAAGGCAUCUACCAUCGUACACACGACCUGUUUGGUAAUCGGGUGGACUCCUUCUCUACUGAGCCCGUCAACACUCAGGCCCAGCAGAUGACCAACCAGCGGCCCCUCAAGUUCUCCGAGAGCCAGCCGGAGUCUCCACCAAACUCUGCUGCCAUGGUGCCCGCCACAGAAUUUUUCCCCACAAUCGAACCAAAAAGCAACACUAACAACAACGCCUUCGCAGAAUAUUCAUUUGAUCGAGAAGGAAGUCGCGAAGACUUUUACAACCUCAGUGACGAUUUGGAGCGAGUUCACUCCUGGAACUUCACGGUGAAAACAGGCAAAACGCAGCUCCUGUAUGACCCGAACUAUGGUGACAGUCAGCGUACUGCAGCGGACCAGCUGGUCCAGGAGGCUCUCGUCGAGGGCGGCCUGGCCUCCCUGGCCAAAGACCCCGGCUUUGUCUCUGUGACUAAGGAGGAGAUGGCCGACGCCAUGCACACGACUGUCAAUGAGAUGGAGAGCGUGGCUCGGGGCAUCCUCAGCGAACGUGCUGGCAGCGUCACCUCCAUCAAAAAGAGGCAUCCCGUCCCUCCUGCCGCGGCGGCGGGCCAACCAGAUCCAGCUGUGCGGAGAAAGAGACGUCCAAUCCAGCUGAUUCCCUCCGUGCAGGAGGGAGACUCCAAAGUUUAGAGGAUGACUACUUGAGUUUAUGUGGUAAUGUUGUGAUUUUUACACCUGCAGGUAGCUCCACCUCGCCUCACUUUACGAAGCGUGUUGCCCUUUUAACAGUCUGUAUCUCCUGGCUCAAGGCCUAAGGGCAGGUUGGCUCAGGUUUAGAUAUCGUCAGGUGUGUUUGAAAGUUAACCGAGGAGAAACAAUACAUCUGAUGACCACACGUCUUAAUUUUCAGAUUUAUUGAAAGCCCUGUAAUAAAAAUACUAACUUAUAUCAGAGCAAACAGAAUGACGCACUUCUUUCUUUGCAACGCUUGUUGAAGUUAUCCAUUCCAUAUGACUUCUGGGAUGACCACGCGAGUGAGCAGUGCGUCUCGCUGGAGACUGAAACAACUCCCCGAUGAAGGGAGCCGGCAGCCGGCCGCUCAGAGGACCGUGGGAGGAGUUUCUGUGCGUCCAGGCCCAGAAAGGUUCAACUGAAUAAGCAGUUUAUGCUUUUAAAAAGGGGCGCGGUACUACGAUGACAAUGCAGGUUGAGCCAUUCUCCACUUUGUGGGCAAAGAACCGACUUUGUCUUUUAAUGCUGAGGUUUAGAGAGUGUCUCCUGCGCACCACUGUUGUUGUGUGCAGUUCUCAGAUUUUGGAGGAAACUUGUUUUUUUUAUAUGGACAAGGAGGUACAUUUAAUCUCUAAGAUUAUUGUCCAAAGAUUUAGCUGUGUUGAAGUAUUUGUUCAUUUGAAAUGUCGUCAAAGCACUGCAAGGGAUUUUUUUUCCAGGUCCCUUUGUCGCUCUACUGCUACGUUUUUGAUUUACAUCAAUAUGUCCCAAACCUUUGAGUUAGUGUCACUUAGUUUGAGCCAUACAGAUGAUGUAUCUUCAUACCUGGAGUAUGUGGAUUUAGCUUUACACCUCACGACACAUUUUAUUCUGAAUUGCACUUGAUUCAUAUUUUCUAUGAAUUCAAACAUCGACAGACCCGACAGGACUUUCUUUUCUAACAUUAACGUGUGAUCAGCCUGUUUUGCUGUCAUACAUACACUAUGGUGCAUGAUUUUGGAGACGCUUUGAGUGAACUUUGUUACUCAACCUCAAGUCUAUUUUACUUCUGAAUCUAUGCCAUUAUGGUUGAUGUUUCAUUGGUAUCAUAAAUAAAUCAUCCAAAGAUUCA